CAGGCAGUUCCUUCCGGAGUGAGCUGUAGAGCCAGGGACUUUCCGGAAAGAAGCUCUGUGCAGAGGGAAGAAUAAUGCCGUUAGACUCAACUAGGAGCCUGGGGAAAGGAAGCUCUCCCCCAGGUCCUGUACCAGAUGGAACCAUCCGCGUUUACAGCAUGAGAUUCUGUCCCUUUGUCCAGAGAACUGUCCUUGUCCUGAAGGCCAAAGGAAUCAAGUAUGAAAUUAUUAACAUCAACCUGCAAAACAAACCUGAGUGGUUCUUUAAGAAGAAUCCCUCAGGUUUAGUACCAGUUCUGGAAACCAGUAAGGGUCAACUGAUCUGUGAAUCUGUUAUCACUUGUGAGUACCUAGAUGAAGCCUAUCCAGGGAAGUUGUUUCCAGAGGAUCCCUAUGAGAAAGCUCUUCAGAAGAUGAUUUUGGAGAUGUUCUCUAAGGUACCAUCUUUGUCUAGGAAUGUUUUCAUAGCAGCAAGGAAGGGAGAAGACUGCUCUGCUCCAAAAGCAGAACUCCGUGCACUGUUCAGCAGGCUGGAGGAGGUUCUUACUCGUCAGAAGACAACUUUCUUUGGUGGGAACACUAUAUCCAUGAUCGAUUACCUUAUCUGGCCCUGGUUUGAACGUCUGGGACCAUUUGGGGUAGCAGACUGUGUGGACCACACUUCUAAACUUAAGCUCUGGAUAGCAGCCAUGAAGAAGGAUCCUGCAGUAACUGCCCUCUUCACGGAUGAGAAAACUUUUCAGAACUUCUUAAGUCUCUAUCUUCAGAACAGUCCUGAGGCCUGUGAUUAUGGUCUGUGAGAGGAGAGUGAGCAACAAAAAGGUUCUAUACCUUGCUCUCUAGGUUUUUCUCCAUACUUAAUAAAAAGUAUAUGCUGUAGGUAA